GGGGCGCGGAGUGUGCCGGGCUAGCGGCUCUUCCUGCCGCCUUCCAGGGCGGGGCGGGGGCUGCUUCUGCCUGGCUGCUCCGCCCUCCAGCCGGCAACGCCGACCGAGCCCGGAGCGGAGCCGCCGUCGCCGCUGCAUCUGCCAGCUGCACCUGCCCCGGCUCAGGAUGGCGCUCCACCGCAGCCAGAAGCUUAACCUGCUGCGUCUUGCGGUCCUCCUGACGGUGGCACUGGCUGGCAUCAAGUUCUUCUUCCGGGACAGCUUCACACUGGACCAGCGCAGGGAAAUUAACGGGGAAAGCCACUUCUGGGGCAGUGCUCAGGACGUGAAACAGCCAGGCAACACCCAGGCUCGAUUGUCGGGACAUUUGGAUCACCAGGCAGCGGCCGGAGCGCCUGGCCCGGAGUCAAAGAAACUGCCUCACCGGGAUUUUAGCUCCACGCAGAUGCGGUUGGUCCACCUGGACCUCAAAGGGGCAGCUCCUAAAGUGUCCUACCUGGAGCAGAUCUUCCCGCUCUUCUCCAAGAUGGGGGCCAACGGGGUCCUGAUCGAGUACGAAGACAUGUUCCCCUUCAGGGGAGAACUGGAGAUCCUCAGGUCUCCCUAUGCAUACAGUGAAGAAGACAUCGUGAAGAUCCAGGAGCUGGCAGGUCUCAAUAAACUGGAAAUAAUCCCGUUAGUGCAGACUUUCGGGCACGUGGAGUUUAUCUUGAAACAUGAGAAGUACCGGCAUCUGCGUGAGGUGGAGCGUUUCCCCAACAGCUUCAACCCCCACCUGCCAGAGACCCUGGCCCUCCUGAAGGCUCUGCUCACCCAGGUCCUCAGCAAGCACCCCCACUCCAGUUGGGUACACAUCGGGGCCGAUGAGGUCUUCCACUUGGGCGAAGGGCUGGAUUCCAAGAACUGGAUGGCUCGCAACGGGGGCGACACGGGCAAGAUGUACCUCAACCACAUCCGGGAGGUGGUGCAAUUCAUCGCCAGCCAGCCAUGGGGGCAGCAGGUGCUGCUCUGGGACGACAUGCUGCGGAAGGUUGGCGUCGCAGCCAUCCAAGAUUCCGGCAUUGCCAAACACGCAUCUCCCGUGCUGUGGUUUUACGCUCCAGACUUCGAUACGCAGCAAAUAGGCAGGUACAUUGAAAAAUACGCCGAGUGCGGGUUCUCCACCAUCUGGUUUGCGAGCGCCUUCAAAGGCACCACGGGCCCCGCCCAGGCCUGGACCCCCUUCAACACCCACCUGCAGAAUCACCUGCGGUGGCUGAAGGUCAUCCAGUCCAUGGAGAAGACGCCCUCCAUCCGCUUCCAGGGCAUCGUGCUCACCGGCUGGCAAAGGUACGACCACUACUCUGCUUUGUGUGAGCUGCUGCCCGUCGGGAUCCCCUCGCUGGCUGUAUGCUUGCAGACCCUGGCGAACGGAGGCUUCACAGACGCUGCCAAAAAGAAAGUCCUGGCCAUCCUUGGCUUCCAGAACCUGCACCCGGAAAAGAACACUUGCGAAGGAACCGGCACGUUUCCAGGCUCCGAUAUCUACCGCCUGGUCGAGCAAGUGGACAGCCAGCUGAAGGACUCGGUCAGCAAAGUCUUGGAGGAUGAAAGCAGCUCCAUCAAGGGAUGGUUCAGCCCGUAUCACCGCAAGCAUCAGUUUGGCAACCCACGAAACAUGGAAAGUUUCGGCAGCAAAGUGCUCAAAGUCCACGAAGAGUGGGAGAGCAUCAUCCAGACGCUGCGCUCACACAUGGAGAGCAUCUAUUUCCCGGACACCGUGGAGGAAUGGAUGGAGGAGAAUGUCAAUCCCCACAUGGACCGCUUGCGCGAGUUUGUCCGGGACUUCAAAGAAGUCAUCCGCCUGAAUGCCCGGCCCAAGACCCUCUAGGGAAGGGCCCCCUCCCAGGCACAAAGGGGGGGCCCAUCCGUGGUUCAGUCCAACUUGGGUUUUUUUUUUUAAAACUUGAAAGAACUUGAGGUUGGAAUGGGGGGGGGGGGGGCUUCCUUCCAGGACAGGGUUUAGUGCCUCUUUUAGCUCUGGGCCACCAAACUCCGUUUCUGGCCAGCUUUGAUGGAUUCCACCCCCAGGUUGGCACCUCUCCUCCCUCCCCCCGCCCCAGCGAUGGUGAAUCUGUGGACCUGUUUGGAGGGGGAGUAGUAAUUCUUGGAGGGAGGGCGCUUGCUGGAGUUUUGGUCCUGGUUUCCAUCCCAUCCCAUUCCUUUCUUUUUCUUCCUUUUCAACGCUCUCAGGACUGGCACUGUUGGUAGUCUGGCCUUCCACCCACCCACCCCCUCUAGUGCUUGCUCCUGGGCAGAGAAAGUGCCACGGGGAAGUGGGGAACGGCUGUCACAUUUGGACAGAGACGGAGGUGCGGGCAUUGCUGAACGAUGCUGAAAAGGACAAAAGAGAACGAGAGCGUCCACCUUUCCCACACCCUCCUUUGAAAGUCCCUUGUCUGAAAAUGGGUAGAUUCACUUCCCCCCCGCCCCACUUGAAACUUGGUCCAUUCUCAUCUUUCGUAGGUUACAAGCUUCUUCCUUUCGCUGGGGGACAAGAAUGACAACGUUUGCUCAGCUGUGGGCAGGAUAGAGCAACGGUGGCCUCUUGGAAUGGAGGCCACAAACUGGGGGGUGGGGGAGGGGCUUUGAACCUUCCUUCCGAGACAGCAGACCAGACAGAGGCUGGUUCCUUGGUGGCCACCCAAGUUCUCCAGAACACGGGAUCAAGGAAGCAGCCCUGCGGGUGGGGCAAAACGUCCAACCCACGUCUUGCUGCUGCCCCCCCCCACCCUAUCUGGCAGCUCCCAGGGCCUCUUGCCCCAUGCAGAAUUCAGCUUGCAGCCCCUCUAGCUAAAAUCUUCCUGAUGGUGGAAAGACUCGCGUGUCCUCGUGGACCGUGAAUUUGUUUUCUCAGGGAGCAUGUAAAAAGGACUUUCCCAUUUGCCACCCGCCCUAGUGUCGUGGUGAGACCCUUCCCCUUGUCUCUGGGGAGGGGAAUUUGCAAAGGCAGUGUCCCCCCACUCUGCCAUCCAGUCCUCCGGCCGAAGGGGAGGGGGGUGGUGUGCAUCCUUUCUCCUGCUUGCAGCUGCUUUGUCCCACAGUGGGGCUGGCUCACUUGGCUCCCGGGCAGCCCAAGAGAUUGGCAGGCAUGUAACCGAGCUCCCCACAAGGCGCCAGGUGGAAACCGGCAGGCAUUUUGAAAAGGCAGGUGAGGAAGCAGCCAGGGAGGGGAGUGCAGCAGCUAACAGAUAGCCUUGCCAGGCAGGACACCCCCCCCCUCCGGGGAGUCCCUGCUGGUCCCUGGAUAUCCUGCCCUGCUCCUCUUGGCUGAUGUGCAGCCCAGGGCAAGGAAGGGGGUUGGCCCAAAGUGGGUGCCUCUUUGCUCUGGUGAGCCACCGAUGGCUUUCAUCCUAAUCCCGCCUUGCCUGGGUGUCAGAUUCUGUGUGCAAGGGGCCCAGAGCUGCUGUUUGGCGCCUCCUGAGCUGCAUGUAAGUCUUUGGCUCCUGUAAUUGCGGGGCAGACGUGGAGGGUGAGGUGUGGAUCCCCCUCGCUGUUUUCCCCAAGAGAGGAAGGGGGGAAAAAACCUGGGCUCCCCGGGUGGUCUCUGCCAAGGAAUGCAGGAGGAGCUGGCUGGCCGUUUCCCCCUCCCCAGAAGUGCAGCUGCAGGGUCCCUUCCCACCAGGAGAGGCUCUGGGGUUGCCAACGGACCUGUUUCAUAAGACGGCCUCAGAGUUAGUUGCUGUCGUGAAGAGUUAAUUGUACAGGAGAGUUGCUGCUGUGGUGCCCAGGACAA